AUGGGGAAGAUCAUCUUCUAUGAGGACAAGAACUUCUCUGGGUGCCACUUUGAGAGCUGCAGUGACUGUGCCAACCUGAUGUGCCUCCUGAACUACUGCAACUCCAUCCGGGUGGAGAGCGGCAGCUUCAUGAUCUAUGAAAAACCCAACUACAGCGGCAACCAGUACUACCUGAGCCCAGGAGACUAUCCGGACUUCCAUCACUGGAACGGUGUCAACAACUCCGUCAGUUCCUGUCACCUCAUUCCCAUGGAGCCCGGGUUGUUCAGCGUGCGGCUGUACGAGCGGAUCGAGUUUGGAGGUCAGGUGAUGGACCUGGUGGACGACUGCCCCAGUGUCAUGGACCGUUUCCACAUAAACGACAUCUUCUCCUGCAAUGUCACCAAAGGCAACUGGCUCUUCUAUGAGCACCCACACUACCGGGGCAGGAUGUACCUGAUAAGGCCUGGAGAGUACAAGAGGUUCAGUGAGUGGGGAGGCAGGAACGCCAGGGUCGGCUCCAUCAGACGCAUCAUAGACUAUUGA